CCGGCGACGAAAACCAGAGCUUUCCCGUUCAUUUCUCGAAAAAAUGGGAGUUAAUUUUAGCCUCCCGGCCGACCGCAGCGAGUUACUGGAAUAUCUCCAGCUUGUUCAGCGGAUCGAUGAGAUGGGUCGCGUCCUCCGUAUUCAUGGUUCUUUCCUCAGCAAAUCUACGGACCAGGAUUUCAUGAAGCGGGUCGAAGAGAUUAAGCAGCGAGUCGAAGAAAUGCCGCGCGGGGACGGCUUUGCUCAAUUGCGUAAGCUGGCGCAGGAUUAUUGCGAACUAUUGGAGCACCAGAUUGGCAGAGGUCGUCCCUACUACCAGUACAUGCUCUAUCCGGCGGCCGGCUUCAUCGCCAUAGCUCUGAGCAAAACAGUCACCGCCCCUCUCUCCCGCCUCACCAUUCUUUCCCAGGUUGGAGGGAUGCAUUACAGCAGCACGGCGUUGAUGCAAGGCAGCAUCAUGUGGGAGGCCGUUCGAGUUGUUGCGGACGAAGGGUUCAAAGCCCUAUGGAAGGGCAACACGAUCUCUGUCAUUCGUGGAGUGCAUUUUGCGAUUGUCAGUAUGGGUAGCUAUGCGUUUCUCAGGAAUCUUCUGGGAUCAAUAAUAGGCUGUGAUGACGCAAAUUCAACUCGUAUGGUGAAUCUAAUGGCUGGAGGGUUGGCGGGAAUCGAAGCUACCAUGUUAUCGUAUUCUCUGGAUGUGGUGAGGACCAGGCUUGCAGCUCAGAGGAACUCGAUGUAUGGCCUAAAGGGCACUUGGCAUGCAUUCCGUGAUCUACAUUGUGGCUCAGAACUUCACUCUCCAUUCUUACGUAAAGGAUUUGGACUGGCAUUGCUGGGAACUGUUCCAUAUAUGGCCAUAAGCUUCUUCGUCUAUGAAUCCUUCAAGUCCUUUCUUAAAGCUCGAAGGCCUGAUGAUGAUUCUCCAAUCAUGGACGGUCUCGCUUGUGGCAGCAUUGCUGGUCUUGCAGCUUCAACAGCAACGUAUCCUCUUGCUCUGGUGCGACGAAGAAUGCAGUUGGAUGGAAUCUGUGGUCGAGUGCCUAUUUACACAGGUGGACUGCUCGAGACAUUCAGGACUAUCAUCCGGAAAGAGGGAUUCCAAGGUUUGUACAGAGGGAUUGGUCCACAGUGCUUGAGAGUGGUGCCGGGGCAUGCAGUUGCGUUUAUGAGCUUCGAGAUGAUGAAGAUGUCCAUCAGCGCCUACCAGGACUUCAAGCGCAAGGCCAAAUCCAGUAAAUGAACAUUGCAGUCAGAAGGGGGUUCACCUAACUGUUCGCAUUGAUAUGUGUAUAUGCGCAGUUUAACGUACUAAUGCUGAUGUUAACCAAUGCUACUAGAUUGUAGUUAGCUAGGAUGGAUUGUAGAAGUUGAAUAUUGGUGUAGGAUCCAUGUGAUAGACUAAGGAGAAAAUCUUUUGGCUGGCUCGUUAAUUAGAGCCAUGCAUUGCAGCGAAUUUUGGCGGUGACGGAUUCAGAAAUAGUAUUUCUGGGAAUUUUGGAA